AUGGCUAAAUGGGGAGAAGGAGAUCCGCGUUGGAUUGUCGAAGAAAGGCCGGAUGCCAUUAAUGUAAACAACUGGCAUUGGACGGAAAAAAAUGCUUGCGGAUGGUCGCAAAGUAAAUUUAAAGAAUUAUUUAAGGAUCUUAAAAUAGAAAAUGACGCGAUUAAAUGUAAAAUAACCGAGAUAGAUAAAUGUAAUGGAGAAGCCGUAGCUAAUAAUAGAAAAGGAAAAUUAAUAUUUUUCUACGAGUGGGAUAUCACGUUAAAUUGGAAAGGAAAGUUGACAAGUGAUGGAGAAAAAUCGGUGACAGGAACUAUACAUAUUCCCAAUCUUAGCGAAGAAAAUGAAAUCCAUGAAGUUGAUGUUAUGUUUACCGUCAAUGAUUCCUCUCUUGAAGCUACAACCGUUAAAGAUAUACUUAAAGAAUGUGGGACACCUAUAAUUAGGGAUAAAUUAAGUAAAUAUGUACAGGGUUUAAAAGUAGAGUUCUCUCAAGGUAUGAUUUUGCCAAGGAAGGAUAGCGAUGAAAAAACCAAGGACAGUAUUAAUAAUGUAACAAGUGGUCAUGACACUAAAGUUCAAGUCAAAAAUUCCAUUUCAAAUUCAGAAUUGAAUUCAUCUGCUAAAAACAAUGAGUUUGUUAAAAAUGAUGGAAAUAACGUUAACACGACUAAAUUAAAGAUGACACGAAACUUUCAAUGCACCGGUGAAGAAUUAUACAGAGCGCUUACCUGUUAUGAUUUGGUUGUAGCAUUUACACACGGUCCAGUUAAAUUAGAUCUGCAAAAGGGUGGAGAAUUUGAGCUUUUUGGCGGUUACGUUCACGGAAAGUUUAUCGAAAUUGUACCAAAUUUAAAACUUAUUCAAUCGUGGCGUUUAAAAAGAUGGCCGGAGGGUCAUUAUUCAACUGUGACAAUUGAAAUUCGUCAAAAACAGGAUCACACCGAACUAGAAGUCCUUCAAACAGGAGUUCCUGCUGGAGAAGCUGAUGCAACAACUGAAAAUUGGGAGCGUUAUUAUUGGGAUGCUUUAAAAAGAACUUUCGGGUUUGGAUAUUUUUUAUAA